GAUGGAGAAGAAGAUCGCCGAAGAAGAAGCCCACCAAAGGAAACUGGAAGAGAUGCGGACAGAGAUGGAAGAGAGGCUGCAGCGAUUGAAGCUGAAGCGGAUUAAAGAGUCGACGGAUGGAGAAAAGAAGCAAGAGGAAGUGGUGAACAAUGUUGAAUCGGGAAACUCGAAGAAGAAAACGCAAAAGUCGAUGAAGCCGGAGAAAGUGAAGCCAGGAGAAGAGCUCGAGAAGAAAAAGUCGAGGAAAACGAAGCCUGGAGAAGUGGAACCGGUUGCUGAGAGUACGCGUGAUUCUAGAGGAGCCUAUCGUAAGCAUUCGACGCCGAAAGUUGCUCGAAAGCUCUCCGAGAAGUCGGCUAGGGGUCCACCGAGUCUGCCGGAAAGUUUCUUGAUCGGGCGGAAUGGAGAUUCGACGCCGUUCGGGCAUCCAGGGGUUCCCAAGUCGGUCCAAAAAAGGCGCAGUGAGACGAUGCGGAAAAUAGUAGAGCAAGAGUCGGAAGAUGCAACAACUUACGAUGAAGAAGAGGAAAAGUCGUCCGAGGAA